ACUGCUGUUCGCCAUGAGUCUUGCAAUGGUUUAUACAAGUUAUCUCUCUCUGGUCUGGAUGGGGGAGACUCAAUUAAUCGAUCCUUUCUGCUGUUGGCUGCAUCAACAUUAUUAAAAUUUCUCCCUGAUGCUCAAGCUCUGAAACCAAUCCGGAUAGAGGAUUAUGAGGAAGAAACAGUGCUGCGACCAGGUUGUAAGGAAUAUUUUUGGCUGCUGUGCAAACUGAUUGAUAACAUACACGUCAAAGAUGCGAGUCAGACCACACUGCUUGAUUUAGAUGCACUAGCAAGACAUCUUGCUGACUGCAUUAGGAGCAGAGAAAUCCUUGACCAUCAAGAUGGUAAUAUAGAAGAUGAUGGACUUACAGGACUACUUCGUCUUGCAACAAGUGUUGUUAAGCAUAAACCACCCUUUAAGUUUUCUCGUGAAGGCCAGGAGUUUCUGAGAGACAUCUUCAAUCUUCUGUUCUUGCUGCCAAGUUUGAAAGAUAGACAACAGCCAAAAUGCAAGUCACAUUCUUCAAGGGCUGCUGCUUAUGACUUGUUGGUAGAAAUGGUGAAGGGGUCUGUGGAAAACUACAGGCUGCUCCACAACUGGGUUAUGGCACAACAUAUGCAGUCUUCCCAUGCACCUUACAAGUGGGAUUAUUGGCCACAUGAUGAUGUUCGUGCUGAAUGUAGAUUUGUAGGACUAACCAAUCUUGGAGCAACAUGUUACUUGGCAUCCACUAUUCAGCAGCUGUACAUGAUACCAGAGGCCAGACAAGCAAUCUUUACUGCAAAGUAUUCAGAAGAUAUGAAACACAAGACUACUCUACUAGAACUCCAGAAAAUGUUUACAUACUUAAUGGAAAGUGAAUGUAAGGCAUACAAUCCAAGGCCUUUUUGUAAAACCUAUACCAUGGAUAAGCAGCCACUGAACACUGGAGAGCAGAAAGAUAUGACUGAAUUCUUCACUGACCUAAUAACAAAAAUAGAAGAAAUGUCUCCAGAGCUGAAAAAUACAGUUAAAAGUUUGUUUGGAGGUGUUAUCACAAACAAUGUUGUUUCUUUGGACUGUGAGCAUGUAAGUCAGACUGCUGAAGAGUUCUAUACAGUAAGAUGCCAGGUGGCAGAUAUGAAGAAUAUUUAUGAAUCUCUUGAUGAAGUAACUAUUAAAGAUACUUUGGAAGGUGACAACAUGUAUACAUGUUCACAUUGUGGGAAAAAAGUGCGGGCUGAAAAAAGGGCAUGUUUUAAGAAACUACCUCGUAUCUUAAGCUUCAACACAAUGAGAUAUACAUUUAAUAUGGUAACCAUGAUGAAGGAGAAAGUCAAUACACAUUUUUCGUUCCCUUUACGUUUGGAUAUGACACCUUACACUGAAGAUUUCCUCAUGGGGAAAAAUGACAGAAAAGAAGGUUUUAAGGAAGAUGAAUAUUUGAAAGAAACUGAAAGUUAUGAAUAUGAUCUGAUAGGCGUAACGGUUCAUACAGGAACAGCAGAUGGUGGACAUUACUACAGUUUUAUCAGAGAUAUAGUCAAUCCCCAUGCUUACAAAAACAACAAAUGGUAUCUUUUCAAUGAUGCUGAAGUAAAACCGUUUGAUUCUGCCCAGCUUGCUUCAGAAUGUUUUGGUGGAGAAAUGACUACAAAAACUUAUGAUUCUGUUACUGAUAAAUUUAUGGACUUCUCCUUUGAAAAGACACACAGUGCUUACAUGCUGUUUUAUAAACGGAUGGAACCAGAGGAGGAAAAUGGCAAAGACUACAAAUUUGAUGUUUCAUCAGAAUUGCUGGAGUGGAUAUGGCAUGAUAACAUGCAGUUUCUUCAAGACAAGAACAUUUUUGAACAUACAUAUUUUGGGUUUAUGUGGCAGUUGUGUAGUAGCAUCCCAAGCACACUACCUGAUCCAAAGGCAGUUUCCCUGAUGACAGCAAAGUUAAGCACUUCCUUUGUACUAGAGACAUUUAUUCAUUCAAAGGAAAAGCCUACAAUGCUUCAGUGGAUUGAACUGUUAACAAAACAGUUUAAUAACAGUCAGGCAGCUUGUGAAUGGUUUUUGGAUCGUAUGGCUGAUGAUGAUUGGUGGCCAAUGCAGAUUCUAAUAAAGUGUCCCAAUCAGAUUGUGAGACAGAUGUUCCAGCGUUUGUGUAUUCAUGUGAUACAGAGACUGAGGCCAGUGCAUGCACAUCUUUAUCUCCAGCCAGGAAUGGAAGACUGUUCGGAUGACAUGGAUGGUCCUGUGGAAGACAUUGGCAGUCGCUCUUGUGUAACACGCUUCGUGAAGACACUCUUGUCAAUUAUGGAGCAUGGUGUUAAGCCUCACAGUAAACAUCUCACGGAAUACUUUGCCUUUCUUUAUGAAUUUGCCAAAAUGGGAGAAGAGGAAAGUCAGUUCUUGCUUUCACUGCAAGCCAUAUCUACAAUGGUCCAUUUCUACAUGGGAACUAAAGGACCUGAAAAUCCACAUGUUGAAGUACUUUCUGAGGAAGAAGGUGAAGAAGAGGAAGAAGAGGAAGAUAUACUUUCUUUAGCGGAAGAAAAAUACAGGCCUGCUGCCCUGGAAAAGAUGAUUGCCCUGAUUGCUCUUCUAGUUGAACAGUCUCGCUCAGAAAGGCAUUUGACUUUGUCACAAAAUGACAUGGCAGCAUUAACAGGAGGAAAGGGCUUUCCUUUUUUGUUUCAACAUAUCCGUGAUGGUAUCAACAUCAGGCAAACUUGCAAUCUCAUUUUCAGUUUGUGUCGGUACAAUAAUCGACUCGCAGAACAUAUUGUGUCCAUGCUUUUCACAUCUAUAGCAAAGUUGACUCCUGAGGCAGCCAAUCCUUUUUUCAAAUUGCUGACCAUGCUAAUGGAAUUUGCUGGUGGACCUCCAGCCUUUGCUUCUUACAUUCUGCAGAGGAUAUGGGAGGUCAUUGAAUACAACCCAUCUCAGUGCCUGGAUUGGCUGGCUGUGCAAACACCUCGAAAUAAACUGGCUCACAGCUGGGUCUUGCAAAAUAUGGAAAACUGGGUUGAACGUUUUCUUCUGGCACACAACUAUCCUAGAGUGAGAACUUCCGCAGCCUAUCUCUUGGUGUCGCUUAUUCCAAGCAAUUCCUUCCGUCAGAUGUUCCGAUCAACCCGCUCCUUGCACAUCCCUACACGCGACCUGCCUCUUAGUCCAGAUACUACGGUAGUUCUUCAUCAAGUCUACAGUGUGCUUCUUGGCCUUCUUUCAAGAGCUAAGCUGUAUGUUGAUGCUGCUGUUCAUGGCACUACAAAACUUGUGCCCUACUUCAGUUUCAUGACAUACUGUUUGAUCUCAAAAACUGAGAAACUCAUGUUUUCUACUUACUUCAUGGACUUAUGGAACCUUUUCCAGCCUAAACUUUCUGAGCCGGCUAUAGCCACCAACCACAAUAAACAGGCUUUGCUGUCUUUUUGGUACAACGUGUGUGUUGACUGUCCGGAGAACGUACGCCUUAUUGUACAGAAUCCUGUGGUGACGAAGAACAUUGCCUUCAAUUACAUCCUUGCAGACCACGACGAUCAGGAUGUGGUGCUCUUUAACCGCGGGAUGCUGCCUGCCUACUACGGCAUCCUGCGCCUCUGCUGUGAGCAGUCCCCUGCGUUCACCAGGCAGUUGGCUUCUCAUCAGAAUAUCCAGUGGGCCUUUAAGAAUCUCACGCCCCAUGCCAGUCAAUACCCAGGAGCAGUAGAAGAGCUGUUUAACCUCAUGCAACUAUUUGUAGCUCAGAGACCAGACAUGAGAGAGGAAGAGAUAGAAGAUGUAAAGCAAUUUAAGAAAACAACCAUAAGCUGUUACUUGCGUUGCCUGGAUGGACGGUCUUGUUGGACUACUUUAAUAAGUGCCUUCAGAAUACUAUUAGAAUCUGAUGAAGACAGACUUCUUGUUGUGUUUAAUAGAGGAUUGAUUCUGAUGACUGAGUCCUUUAACACAUUGCACAUGAUGUACCAUGAGGCCACAGCUUGCCAUGUGACUGGAGACCUGGUAGAGCUUCUGUCUAUUUUCCUUUCGGUUCUUAAGUCAACACGUCCGUAUCUUCAAAGAAAAGAUGUGAAGCAAGCUCUCAUUCAGUGGCAGGAGCGAAUUGAAUUUGCCCAUAAGCUUUUAACUCUGCUGAAUUCCUAUAGUCCUCCAGAACUUAGAAACGCUUGUAUUGAUGUCCUCAAGGAGCUUGUACUUUUAAGUCCUCAUGAUUUCCUACAUACUCUGGUUCCAUUUCUACAGCACAAUCAUUGUACAUACCACCACAGUAAUAUCCCAAUGUCUCUUGGACCUUAUUUUCCAUGUCGUGAAAAUUUGAAAUUAAUAGGGGGAAAAAGCAAUAUUCGUCCUCCACGUCCUGAACUUAAUAUGUGCCUCUUGCCUACAAUGGUGGAAGCCAGCAAGGGCAAAGAUGAUGUUUACGACCGUAUGCUACUAGACUACUUCUUUUCUUAUCAUCAGUUCAUCCAUCUACUAUGUCGAGUUGCAAUCAACUGUGAAAAGUUUACUGAAACUUUAGUUAAAAUGAGUGUCCUAGUUGCAUAUGAAGGUUUACCACUUCAUCUUGCGUUAUUCCCCAAACUUUGGACUGAGCUUUGUCAGACGCAGUCUGCAAUGUCAAAGAACUGUGUAAAGCUCCUCUGUGAAGAUCCAGUUUUUGCAGAAUAUAUAAAAUGUAUUCUGAUGGACGAAAGGACCUUCCUCAACAACAACAUUGUAUACACCUUUUUGACGCAUUUUCUUCUAAAGGUCCAAGGGCAGGUGUUUUCUGAAGCAAACUGUGCCAAUUUAAUCACUACUCUAAUUACAAAUCUAAUAAAUCAAUAUCAAAGCCUAGAAUCUGACUUCAGCAACCAGAGAGUUGAAAUUUCCAAAGCAAGCUCUACUUUAAAUGGGGACCUCCGAGCACUUGCCUUGCUGCUUUCAGUGCACACUCCCAAACAGCUCAAUUCAGCCCUUAUUCCAACUUUACAAGAGCUUUUAAACAAAUGUAGAGCUUGUCAACAACAGAGGAACUCAUUACAAGAGCAAGAAGCCAAAGAAAGAAAAACUAAAGAUGAUGAAGGAGCUACUCCUGUAAAGAGAAGACGGGUCAGCAGUGAUGAGGAGCACACUGUAGAUAGCUGUAUCAGUGAUAUAAAAACUGAACCCCGGGAGGCAUUGACCCCAACAAGCACUUCAGAUAACGAGACACGAGACUCUUCGAUCAUUGAUCCAGGCACUGAGCAAGAUCCUCCUUCCCCUGAAAACAGUUCUGUCAAAGAGUACAGAAUGGAAGUUCCAUCUUCAUUUUCAGAAGAGAUAAUGCUAGCAACACGGUCACAGCACACAGAAGAGCAGGCAGGAAAUGGUAAAUUUGAAGAAUGCAAAGAAUUUAAAGACCUGCAGGCUUCCAAGGAUUCCAUUGGGGCUGAGGAGGACUUGGAGUUUCCUUCCACAUCGAUUUCAGCAGUUUUAUCUGACCUCGCAGAUUUGAGAAGCUGUGAUAGUCAAGCCUUACCAUCCCAGGACCCUGAAAUUAGUUUAUCAAUCAGUUGUGGCCAUUCCAGAGGACUUUUUAGUCACAUGCAGCAGCAUGACAUUUUAGACAUCCUGUGUAGGACCAUUGAGUCUACAAUUCAUGUGGUCACAAGGAUAUCUGGAAAAGGAAACCAAGCUGCUUCUUGACAUUAGAUGGAGCAUGUCUGCUUUUAAGUCUUUUAUUUUUUCUCCCCCCAAAAAUGCUGUUUGUAUAAGUUUUGCUUAAUUCUGUUUUGUGCUUCAGUUUGUCCAGUGCUCUCUGCUUGAAUGGCAAGAUAGAUUUAUAUGCUUAAUUCUUGGUCAGGCAGAACUCCAGAUUUUUUUUUGUUUGUUUGUUUGGGUUUUUUUGUUUUGCAUUUACCGUACACUUUCUUAAAGGGCAAUCAGAUAAUGGAUAUGUUUUAUGUAAUUAAAGAGUUCACUGUAGUGGCUUUCAUUUAAUAUGGCUGUCUGGGAGAACAGGGCCUCCUUUGCCCUGUAUGAUGUAAUUUAAACUUAUGGCAUUUUUACUGUGUAUAAUAUGGUGUCCUCUGUGCCAGUUUUGUACCUUAUAAUAGAGGCAGAUUGCCUCAGAUCGCUGUGGUUCUUAUUAUCAAAAUUAAGUUUACUUGUAUACUAAACAACCACAAGAAAUUUGAUUCUGUAAAGAAUCCUCUUUAGCUGUGGCCUGGCAGUAUAUAUAUGGUGCUUUAUUUAACAGAAUACCUGUGGAGGAAAUAAAGCACACUUGAUGUAAAAUUAAUUGUUUUAUUUUUAUUGACAUGAUCAAUUGCUAUUCUGUGCACUUCAUUAAACUGAUUGUGAUGACUUUUCA